GACACUGCCAGCCAAGUUGCUAACCAACUGAGAGAUCUGUCAGAAGUUAUUUUUCUAAAUUUUAUUUAUAAAAACUAGCUGAUAACUGAUAAGCCUGAACCAUGGUGAUUAAAGUGUAUAUUAGUGGUAUUUCUGGAAACAAGGAGGUGAAAAAACGACAACAAAGGGUCUUAUUAAUAUUGGACUCUAAAAGUGUAAAGUAUGAGGUGAUAGACAUAGCAGAGCCAGGGGCUGAGGAACUCAAAGACUUCAUGCAAAACAAAUCUACAGCUUCAGGGGGCACAAUCAGUGAUCCGAACCCCAGGCACCCUCUCCCACCUCAAAUAUUCAAUGAUGAUGAAUACUGUGGGGAUUACGACAUGUUUGAUAUGGCCAAUGAAAUAGAUGAAAUGGAGAAGUUCCUAAAGGUCGAACCAAAUUCCCUAGGAGAACAGACAGCCACAGCAGAGGUACAACUUAAAAAUGGCGAUAUAUCUAUUGAUGAAAAAAUAGACAAAUUGGUUGGUAGCGGAACUGGUGAAGAGGAGUCGAAAGAGAAUGAAGUGCCUAAUGACCAGGAAGCCAAAGAGGACAAGGAUUCUGAAGAUAAAAAAGAGGAAUCAUUAGACAAUGAAGACUCAGUAGAUAAAGAAAAGAAUGAAGAGUCUACCGAAAAAGAGGAAACAAAUACAGAUGAAUCUGUUAAAAACGAAAAUGAAGGUGAAUCUGAUAAAAAAGAGGAUUCAAACACAGAUGAAUCGGUCAAAGACGAAAAUAAAGAUGAAUCUGGCGAAGAGGAAAAGAAAGACGAAUCUAGCAAAGAAAAAACUGAAGAUAAAUCUGACAAAGAAGAAAAUAAAGAUGAAUCUGGCGAAGAUGAAAAGAAAGACGAAUCUAGCAAAGAAGGAACUGAAGAGGAGUCUGUCAAAGAAGAAAAUAAAGAAGAAUCUGCUAACGAAGAAAAUAAGGAGGAAUCGAUUAAAGAUGAAGAAAAAGACGAGUCUCAAGUUAAAGAAGAAAAGACAGAUGAAUCUGAUAAGAAAGACGAGACAGACGAAUCUGAAGUUAAAGAAGAAACUAAAGAGGAAUCUGUAACAGACGAAGAUAAGAACGAAUUUGUUACAGAUAAAUCUACAGAAGAACUUAAAGAUGACGUUGCCGAAGAUGAAAACAAAGACAAUAAAGAAGAAAACAAAGAAGAUUCUGUUAAAGAUGAGUCUAAAGAAGAAAGCAAGGAUGAAUCUGUUACAGAAGAAAAUAAAGAUGAAUCUGCAAAAGAAGAGAGUAAAACAGAUGGAUCUACCAAAGAAGAAAGUGAAGAAGAAUCUGGUGAAGACGAAAGUGAGGAUGAACAAUCAGUUGAGGACGAAGAUAAAGAAGAAUCUUUAAAAGGUGAAGAUAAGGAAGAAUGUGCGAAAGAACAAAGUAAAGAAGAGCCUGUAAAGGAGGGAUCGGUAAAUAAAGAAGACUCAAAUGAGAAGGAAACUGAACAAAAACUUAUAGACAAAGAGGAAUCUGUCGAAACGGAAGCAUCGCCUGAAAAAGAAACGGAAGAAGAAACUGCGCAAGAGGAACCAGCAGAAAAUACAGAAACGGUAGAGAAAGACACCGAAGAUUCAACACAAAAAGAGGGCUCUGUUGAAAAGGAAGAACCUACAAAAGAAACUGGCGAUGAUGUCGACGAGAACGAAGAGGAAGACGACAAAGAAGAUGAAAAAGAAGCUUCCCCCGAAAAGUCUGAUGAAUAAAUACUAGGAUUAUACAAACAAACGCACUGAUGACCUAAUUAUAAGAAGUCGAAACACCAAAAUUAUUUUUAAAUUCGUUAUUGUUUUGCCCGUUUAUUUAAAGUUGUUUAUCGAGUCCUUUUAGGGAGAAUUUUCAUCAAAUUUAAUUGUGUUUCAGUGUAUUACCAACUCAAAUAGGUUUAUCUGGAAAUUAGUUCGUGCUUAGGUCUGUUUCUUCGAGUUGACUUGUCUGAAGUCCUAUAAAUUGUGAAUUACUUCGUCGAAAGUAACUUAAAUUUGAAGGAUUCUAUGUGCCAACACUUUUAAUGUGUUUUUUCACUUUUUUUGCAAAAUAAUUGUCUACAUCAAGGCUGAGAAAGCUUUUGUAAUAGGCUGGUUAAACUAUCUACAUAAAUUUUUCAAUACCGAUCACAAAAAUGGCAUACAGAAAUUCAUAAAUCAAUUAUUGAUAAAAUAUCUUCAUCUGUGGGUCAUAUAUGACUUGACUCUUCGUCGUCAUAGGACCUUAUGUGUUCCCACCUGGACUAGAUAUAGCUUGCAACCGUUUUUGUGGCAGCUGUAUUUUUUUAUUUGGAAUACAGAGUAAUGAUUUCGUUUUGUGACCUUAGUUCGAUUAAAAUUGUAUAAAAUUUUCUAAGAAAAAAGUUUUCUUUUAUCUGGUUCCAUAUGUCUGUAUCAGCUCAGAAUAACCUUAUUUGAGUUGGUAAUUUAUCAAUUUUAUUAAAUUAAAAAACUUUUAUUUAUUUUUUUAACUUGUGCUAUUACAAAAAUUGUAUGCCAGUUAACAUGACCUUUAAAAUGACCUUGAAGAUUAGGACUGACAUAAAACUGUGGGUCUGUGGUGAAUUCCACAAUACUGUGAAUAAAAGUUCUACAAGGACAUAUUGUAUAAUUUCUAGUGCUACUUGGGCUAACAAAAGCUUUUGACAAAGUUUGAUAUACAAGUUUUAUGAGUAUAAUACACAAGAUGAUUUGUAUGCCAAAAUAUUCCAGUCCUAUCACAACUGAUAAUUUUAAUAAUAGGCUUAAUAUUGAGAUUUGACAAAAAUGAAACAUUCAGUGGUACAAGGAUAUGUUUUGGAACCCAUAUAGUAUCUAAUUCAUAUAGUUCCUGAUUCUUCGAGUUGUUUUUUUUUAGGUCCUAAACUCUCACAAUUUUUGUACUAGUACACAAAAAAACUAACCAAUUGUGUGAUAUUUGUGUGGUAAAAUAAAACAAGUAAAAAAGACUUUUUCCAACCGGUUUUUAUCAUGAAAUGUAUACUUAAGCUUUGAAUUCUACUUUUUAAGGUAAUCUCAUUUUUUAAUUUAAUAUUUUAAACUAUUUUUGGAUAGCAUAUUUACUAAUGCUCGCUUCGCUUUCGAUAAUGAACGUUUUAGAGUCAUCGUCAGUAUUAAUUUAGUCAGGGGCUCAGCGAAAAAAAGCUCUCUUUACGCCGUUCUCAGUUUUCUACAGUGUUAUUAUGACAAUAUAACUGAACUGAACUUAUUCUAAAUGACAUUGUUUUCAGUUUAUGAACUUUAAGGUUAAUCAAUUCUGCGUGAUUUUCCCCACUUCUAAAGUGCGAACUGUGUUUUGUCAUCAAGACACUGUAGUCCUUGUCAGAAUACAAUAUUUUUGGAUACAUUAGCGCAGAACUCGGAACAUGCCUCCUAAAGAGACAUCGAAGGCUUGACACAGCAAUAUUUAAGAAGUAGAAAAUGAUUCUAAUCAGAUUGGUUUAUGUAGGAAUAAAAUAUAAGAAAAUGAGUAAGUUUUAAGUGAGAAAACUGAAACGGCGUUGAAAAACAAUAUGGGUUGUUUUAGUACUUUUUGGUGUUUCUUAUUGCAAAUGUCAAAAUAUUUAUUCUCGCCUAAAAUCGUUCCUUAUUUAUUUCUUAUCAUCUUAUAUCAUAAUUAUAUUUCAUAUAGGAAUUUUUGUAAAUGCGCUGUUAAAAAUGGGAGACUGUCUGUGAAUUACUUUUUUCUUUAAACAUUAUAGAAAUGGUGAAAAAGUAUUUCUAGUUCAGUCAAUGUUGUAUAGUUCAACUUGUUUUAAUUGACAAUUUUGGUGUAUAAGUUGAAAUAAUAUGCGUAGUAAUAUCCAGUGUGUGGGUGCGGAUUUUUGAUAUCUAACUGUCAAGGCCACGUAAUCAGCCAAAGUAAUAUUUUUAAUUAAUCCAGUCAAAUAUAUCGAUUCAUUCGAUUUUAUACCGAACUUUUAAAAGUAAGAAAAUCUUUUAAGUUGGACUUUGCAGCAUUACGAGGUACUUGGUACUGCUUUGAUCAAAAUAUUGUUGCAUAUGAUAUAUGUUAACUGUUAUCUUAUUUUGGAUUUUGUAAAUAUUUAUUAUAUCUUUUAUGAUCUAUUUCAAAUAAACUAUCAUUUUCUUUU